GUUCGUACCACAGCACCUUCUUAAUCGGGAGGAGCAAGAUGGCGGGGCGAUUGAUCGACCUGCCUGCGCUCAUUUCCGCCAUUUGAGAUCCCUGCCCGAUCUGCACAACUUCUUGGCAUGCCUCGACGAGCUCGCCCCGCUUCCCGACGCCCUCCCGCGCAUGCAGCGCAAGAACGUGGUGCAUCGCGAGUUACACCUUUGGCGACUGGAAGCAGCACACCCAAAGCCGUACGACAGGCUCAGCAAUCUGACGAAGAGUCGGAGGCAUCUGCCUCCGCGUCCGGCUCUGAAGGUUUCUUCGAACAAGACGAGGGUGAAGAUGAUGCAUCAUCGGAAGAUGGAUCAGGCAAUGAGGUUGUGGAUGAGGAGCCAGAGGAGAUUGACUUGGAUGGGGCACGUGUAGCUCAGUGGGUGGACGACGAGGAAUUGGAGGAGGCUAGUGAGGCGGAUAGCGACCCGGAGUCUAGUGCUUCUGAGGAAGAAGCGGAACAGUCAACUCACGGGGCGGAGGAUGUGCUCGCGUCCUUGUCGUUUGGCACACUGCGGAAAGCGCAGAGAGAACUAGCCCGCUCUAGUGCGUUAGAUCCAGAAGCGGAUGACUCAAAUGAAGAAGACGGUGUGUCCGACGUAGAGCAGGUCUCAUCGCGCUACGAUGUGAAGGGGAAAGCGAGAGAGGUGGAUGAACCCCGAAAGUCGAAGAAAGACAUCCCCAAACGGUCAAGUAAGCAUGCUCCGACAGAAGUGAGCUCGAAGAAACCGGUCCCCAGGAAAAAGCUGGCUGUCGAAGGAGAGAAAGUGGUCCCCAGAGAUCCACGGUUCUUACCCAUGACAGGAGAACUCUCGGCCAAGCGUUUUCGCUCGCAAUAUGGGUUCCUUGCAGACAUGCAUUCUCAAGAGAUGCGAACGCUCAGAGAUAAUCUGAAGCGCGCGCGCAAGCUUUUGGUCAACUCGCCGAGGCAUUUGCGAGAAGAACGCGAGCAAGAGGUCCAAAGGCUGGAGCGCGCCUACAAGCGUGCUGAGAGCAUGGUCAGUAAGGACCGGCAGGAAAAGAUUGAACAGGAGGCUCUAGAGAAGGUGGCCAAAGAAGAAGGCGAAAGGCGAAAGGCAGGAAAGGGGGCAUGGUUUAUGAAGGAUUCCGACAAGAAGGAUCUUCUACUGCGAGCUAAAUACGAGGCUCUCGCUGCGUCAGGCGGGCGCGGUGCAGUGAAGAAAGCGAUAGACAAGAGGCAGAAGAAGGCAAGUCAGAAAGAGAAGAAGCGAAGACCGUUCGCCCCAGGUUCCUCUGGACCCAUGCCACGGAAGCGGUCUAGUGCUGUUCAUGGAGACGAUGGUCAGCGAAGUGAAAAGCGACGGCGGGUAGGAUAAUGCCGUUAGAUACCCUCCUACUAUUCCGAGCGAAUUCGUUACGCGGGGUAACCUGCCUGCGGUCAUCGUAGACAUGACGGACCAGAGUGCCUAUUGCUGCCUUGCUGUAGCAAGCAGUGUAGGCAAAUUACGUCCGACUGCAGUAACUUACAC